UCCCCCCGGCAGUGCGGAGGCUGUUCGGGAGCCGGUGGUAGCGGCAGCCCUCUCCGGCCGGGAGUACAGCAAGACACGGGGGUCCCCAAUGUGUGUGUGCGCAUAUAUCUAUUUUGUCCUUGACGCGUGUGACAUCCUUAGAACUGCCAGUGUGUCUGCUGUCUGCCAUCACGUUAAGGUAUUCCUGUCUUGGAGGGCAGUGCCAGGGAGAGGGCAGAAGUAAACCAGAUUGCUGUGAAGAGUUUGCUGCUGAUAGCCCUCAUGGCAGAGCCAGGAGGGGGAGGAGGUGGGGGAAAUGUUGGCGAGGGUGGCGAUAGUGUACCCUCACCAUUGCAUUCUGCCCUUGGCAAACUGACAUUAAAGGCUAACGAAGAUGAGAAAGGAAAUGUGGAGCGGAAUGGAGGGACAUGCAAUACUGACAACACCAGUGGUAGUGGAGUGUCCAAUGGAGACUGUGUCAUUGUAGAUGCCAAAGAGGACCGUGGGUCUGCUCAGCCUGAGAGCCCUGGCAUGGAUAAAGGAAGCAAGCAAGGCCUGCCCCGCAGGAGCAGCAUUAUUAAGGAUGGAACAAAACAAAAACGAGAACGAAAGAAAACCGUAUCGUUCAGCAGUAUGCCAACAGAGAAAAAGAUCAGCAGUGCAAGCGACUGUAUUAAUGCUAUGGUGGAAGGUUCCGAAUUAAAAAAAGUACGGUCAAUCUCUAGAAUUUAUCACCGAUAUUUUCUCUUGGAUGCAGACAUGCAAUCACUGAGGUGGGAGCCCUCUAAGAAAGACUCAGAAAAAGCAAAAAUUGAUAUUAAGUCUGUAAAGGAAGUGAGAAAUGGGAAAAAUACUGAUAUUUUCCGUAGCAAUGGAAUUUAUGACCAGAUAUCCGAAGACUGUGCUUUUUCUAUCAUAUACAGUGAUAAUUAUGAAUCACUGGACCUUGUUGCAAAUUCAGCCGAUGUCGCCAAUAUAUGGGUAACUGGAUUACGCUAUUUAAUUUCAUAUGGGAAGCACACACUGGAUAUGAUUGAAAGCUUUCAUGAUAAUAUGCGGACAUCUUGGCUUUCUGAUAUCUUCAGGGAAGUUGUCGAGGCAAAUGCUGAGGAAAUACCUCUUUGCAAGGCAGUACAGUCUAUAAAAAACGUAAACCCAGGUCUUAAAAACCUCAAAAUUGAACUAAAAUUCAAAGAAUUACAGAAGGCAAAGGAUAAGGUCAACACUGAUGUGUCAAAAGAUGAGUUCAUUGAAGUUUUUCAUGAGCUGUGCACCAGGCCUGAAAUUUACUUCUUGUUAGUUCAAUUUUCAAGCAAUAAAGAAUAUUUGGAUACUAAGGACCUUAUGAUGUUUUUGGAAGCAGAACAGGGUGUUGCCCAUGUGACCGAGGAAAUUAGCCUUGAUAUCAUCAAAAAAUAUGAACCUUCUAUAGGUAAGGAGAAAGGGUGUCUUUCCCUUGAUGGCUUCACUAAUUACCUUAUGUCUGCAGAUUGCUGCAUUUUUGAUCCAGAGCACAAAAAAGUCUGCCAGGAUAUGACACAGUCGCUAUCUCACUACUACAUAAAUUCAUCACAUAAUACAUAUUUAAUAGAAGACCAGUUUAGGGGACCUUCAGAUAUUACGGGCUACAUUCGAGCUCUGAAAAUGGGUUGCAGAAGUGUUGAACUCGAUGUGUGGGAUGGCCCAGACAACGAGCCUGUUAUUUAUACAGGUCAUACUAUGACCUCACAGAUAGUCUUCCGUAGUGUCAUUGAUAUUGUUAACAAAUAUGCUUUCCAUGCAUCGGAAUACCCAUUGAUUUUAUGUUUGGAAAACCAUUGCUCCAUUAAGCAACAGAAAGUUAUGGUUCAGCAUAUGAAAAAAAUUCUAGGUGAUAAAUUAUACAUAAGCUCUCCUAAUGCAGAAGAAUCUUAUCUUCCAUCUCCGGAUUCUUUGAAAGGAAAGCUACUUGUAAAGACUAAAAAACUUUCCCCGGAUUGUUCUGGAGUAGAAGGAGAUGUUACAGACGAAGAUGAAGGUUUAGAGAUGUCACAAAGAGUUGGGAAAGAAGGCGAAGAACAGCAAAGUGUUGUCACUGUGAAGAGGAUUCCGCUUUCCAAAGAACUUUCAGACUUGGUAAGCAUUUGUAAAUCUGUUCAGUUUACUGACUUUCAGUCGUCAUUUCAGAAUCAGAAACACUGGGAAAUAUGCUCCUUUAAUGAAGUGGUUGCUAGCAAAUAUGCAAAUGAAAAUGCUGGUGACUUUGUUAAUUAUAAUAAAAGAUUCCUGUCCAGGAUAUUUCCCAGCCCUAUGAGAAUAGAUUCUAGCAACAUGAAUCCUCAGGAUUUUUGGAAGUGUGGUUGCCAAAUAGUAGCUAUGAAUUUUCAGACUCCUGGGCUAAUGAUGGAUCUUAAUAUUGGCUGGUUCCGUCAGAAUGGAAACUGCGGAUAUGUUCUGAGGCCUGCAAUCAUGCGUGAAGAAGUGUCUUUUUUUAGUGCAAACACAAAAGAUUCUGUGCCUGGAGUUUCCCCACAGCUUCUUCACAUCAAAAUUAUCAGUGGCCAAAAUUUUCCUAAACCCAAGGGAUCAGGGUCUAAAGGAGAUGUUGUGGAUCCUUAUGUAUACGUUGAGAUUCAUGGUAUACCCGCAGAUUGUGCUGAACAAAGAACAAAAACGGUACAACAAAAUGGUGACAAUCCAAUAUUUGAUGAAAGCUUUGAAUUUCAAGUGAACCUUCCUGAACUUACUAUGGUGCGAUUUGUGGUGCUUGAUGAUGAUUAUAUUGGAGAUGAAUUUAUUGGACAGUACACUAUUCCUUUUGAAUGUCUACAGCCUGGUUACAGACAUAUCCCUCUGCAAUCUUUAACGGGAGAUAUUUUAACUCAUGCAUCUCUAUUUGUCCAUGUGGCUAUUACAAAUCGAAGGGGUGGUGGUAAGCCUCAUAAACGAGGCCUUUCUGUGAGAAAAGCAAAGAAGUCAAGGGACUAUGCUUCAAUGAGAACAUUAUGGAUAAAGUCCAUCGAUGACGUUUUCAAAACCGCAAUUCAACCAAUACGGGAAGCCACAGAUCUAAGAGAAAAUAUGCAGAAUGCAGUAGUUUCAUUUAAAGAGCUCUGCGGACUCUCGCCUGUAGCUAAUCUCAUGCAAUGUAUUAUGGCGCUAUCAACUCGUCUGGCUGGGCCUGAAAACACUCCAGUUGUGGUUAUGAACCUCAAUGAUCAAUAUCCGACGAUGGAGCUGCAGGGAUCAGUCCCAGAAGUUAUGAAAAGGAUUUUAACCGCUUAUGACUUGAUAAUCCAGAGCAGCAAGGCUUUAAUUGAGAAUUCUGAUGGCGUGUACGAGAAGAUUGUACAAUGCCAGAAGACUGCCAUGGAGUUCCACGAGAAUUUAAAUGCCAUCGGGGCCAAAGAAGGUUUAAAAGAAAGAAAGAUGAUCAAAGCCGUAGAGAGCUUCACAUGGAAUAUAACUAUUCUAAAGGGACAAGCUGAUCUUCUCAAGUAUGCCAAAACCGAGACCAUGGAGAACUUGAAGCAAAUUCAUUAUGCUGCUCUUUCUUGUGGACUCAACAAGUCAAGCACUGGAAAUACAGAGGCAGCCAAACCGAGGAGGAGCCUAGAGGUUAUCCCAGAGAAAUCGAGUGAUGAAACCGGAGACUGAUCACAUUAAAAAAAAUCACAUGGUUGAGCUAUUUAUGAUAGAGUUUAUAAACUCUAGGACCAAUAUAGCAGCACAUGUUCUACCAAUUUGCACUCACAAAAAAAGGGUUUGUUUUUUCUGGUUGUUACGGAGCACAUAUGGAGAAGCUAACAACAGUCUUGACUUGACUUGUGCAACUAUGUGGAUCUUUUACAUGAAGGAAUUGGUGUGCAGAUUGUCUCGGUCAAAAAAGUUUUUGACAGUGCACAAAAAUAUACCUACUAGCAUCGAAACUCCUAGUUUAGAUACUUGUGGUUUUUAAAGAUGGGUUGUAUUAGUUAUAUUUUAGUAGACAUGCUUAAAUAAAAUGAAGAAAUCCUCACAUUUCACAAAAUGUGUUGUAACAGCGCACAAUGGACAGAAAUGAGCUCCACUGAGGAUCGAUUUUAAAAAAAAUGGCCAAUUAUGUUUGUUUCUGUUGAGCCAUAUUGUACAUAAAUGAGAAUAGCGAAUGCAAUAAGGAUUGCGUGCGCUGAAUGUGUGUACACGCUAAUCGAUAAAUACGUGCACUCCAUCUUUGAAAUAAAAUAUUCUAUUCUGCCAGAGUUUUAGAAAUGUUAAUAGCUAAUAUAAAA